UUUCCGUUGAAACAACUUGUUCUUCCACCUAUUUCCUAUUCCAAGAUUCAUAUUCAUAUUGAUAUUAUUUGUUUAAAAUGGAGCGACAGAAUGACAAUUCUGAUAAAACUACAUUCAAAGUGAAGCAUUUAGGUAAAUAUCACGACGUGGUCAUUGAUUGGAAUGAUGAUAAAUUUUCAUACAAACCGCUACAAUUAUACGAACAGUUUGAAUCAAUAACUGGAAUACCAAGCAGAUAUAAUAACGAAAUAUUUCUAUAUCACCCAUUUACAGAGCAGUUAGACUAUUAUGACAUUUACUGGAGUGUCGAGUAUCCUGAGCGCAAUGGCCCCAGUAAGGGUGAAAUCUGCGAUGCAAUAAGUUUUGCUGAAGGAAGUUUUCAUCUCGUUUGUGAAGCUACUUUCAGCAUGCAACAUUUUUGUAUUUGGUUUACCCUGAUACCUGAACGAGUAGUUCCAGAAGGAGGAUGCAGACAUGAUUUUUGUCGAUAUAAAGCUAGCAAAAGUUUCUUCAACAAAUUAAAAGAUAUCGUCAAUAACGAUCAAUUGCAUGCGAAAAUUGCGUCUCUCGUCGCGCCAUCAAGGGAUUCAAGCGAGAUUUGCAGACGAUUCAAUGUUUAUCAAUAUUUUAGAUCUAUUUGUAAUGCUCGUUACUGGGAAUAUGCAAAUGAAGGGAUAAGACGCGUAUUUGUUGAUAUGAACCUUUAUAUGAGAACUCGUGGUUAACAUUCAUCAAUUCAUUUUUUCAUUUUUCAUAACCUGAGUCUGAGAUGAUUUACUAUGCUGACCGAAGCCCUUUUCAGUCCUUUAUUUUUCAUCGGAGAUCGGACAUUUCUGAUUCUAGCCUUGUCUCAGUGUAUGAGAUGGUUCGAGGACAAACUUGUUUAUCUCUACAUUUUUCAUGGUCAUGAUACAUCUGAAUCAUUCAUAGCAUAUGAUGUUUAACUGCUUGAAAAAAUAAACUUAAUACUGUUAAACCAA